AUUUAAACCAGGAUGUACUUGAAAAUUUAUUUGGAGUUAUACGCGCUAAAGGUGGUUUGCACGACCACCCCGACCAACAGGAAUUUAAAUAUCGGCUCAGAACAUACAUUCUUGCGUGCAAUGAGGGCGCAAUUUCUACGGGAGGGAAUGUCGAGGUUGAUGAUACCAGAACCAUCUCAGCCUACUCUUACAGGUACGAUAUUGCGACCCAUGAUACUUCCAUUGGAAGAAAUUGAACUGAGGGAGUUUACUGAUCCAGAAUAUGACGGUCUAGAAAAUGUAGCCGGAUAUAUAUGUUACAGACUACGUGAUGAAUUUCCUACCUCGUCCUUCGAAACUAGCGACGACCCAUCACUCUCAUGGGUGAACCUCUUAAGUGAUGGUGGUUUAUCACUUCCAAGCGCCCAACUUUAGUCAAUAUUUGUAGCAGUUAAUGGUGUCGGCCGCUGUGGUGUAGUGGUAAGCAGUGCGAGUUUCCACUCCGCAACGCCUGGGUUCAAACCCUGG